AAGAGACUAACAUUUUAUUUAAAAUAUGUACAUACAAACUCCCUCUCUUUACAUACCUAUAAGCUUUCAAAUUUCUGAGCUGCUUUUUGUUACCUUCCAGUUCAAGUUUUCAAACGUUAGAUCCUCAGCAUUUAGAUCAAAGGCAAAUUUUGUUGCUGCAAGCCUAUCGGAUGAACCUGCUUUCACAAUAGAUGAACUUCUUGAUGAUAGCCAAAUCGAUCUGACUUAAAUCUUUCAGCCUUUUGUACAUCCACAGAUAACUAUUUCAAUGAGAACAUCCAAAUUUCCAUGUAGGGGAUUGGAUUAUCGUCUAUGCCUUCUAACUUUUGCUGUGUGUUUGCUGUUGUUUGGAUCGGUUUCAAGAUUGAAUAUUCCAAAUGUUUCUUAUGCCACAGUAUCUAAGAUUCAGCACUACAAUCCUAAGAGAGUUAUAUCAAAAGGAAAAGGGUACCCUCCUGUGCUUGCAUAUUGGAUUCUUGGCACCAAAGGAGAGAGUAAGAAGAUGUUGAGGCUGUUGAAGGCUGUGUACCAUCCAAGAAAUCAGUAUCUACUUCAGCUUGAUGAUGAUUCCUCGGAAUCUGAGAGAAUAGAUUUAGCUGUUUCAGUUAAAUCCCUUGAGGUGUUUGAGGAAUUUGGAAAUGUUAAUGUCAUUGGGAAAAGUUAUGCCAUCAAUAGGAUGGGAUCUUCUUCACUUUCUGCCCCUCUGCAUGCUGCUGCUUUGCUUCUUAAACUGAAUCCUGAUUGGGAUUGGUUCAUCACCUUAAGUGCUUCAAAUUAUCCUCUCAUGACUCAGGAUGAUAUCCUUCAUGCUUUCACAUUCUUGCCAACAGAUGUCAACUUCAUUCAUUACACCAACAAGACAGUGCGGAACGAGCAACGAGACAUUAAUCAAAUUGUGGUAGACCCAAGUUUACAUUAUGAAAAGAGUAGUCCACUUUUCUUUGCUGUGGAGUCUCGAGAAACACCAGAUGCUUUUAAGCUAUUUCGAGGUUCACCCUGGGUGAUUCUUACAAGAACCUUUAUGGAGUACUGUGUAAGUGGGUGGGACAAUUUACCAAGAAAACUUCUAAUGUUCUUCAGCAAUGUGGCUUAUCCUUUAGAAGCUUAUUUCCACACUGUUUUGUGCAACUCCCCCGAGUUCAAGGACACCCUUGUGGACAAUAAUCUAAUGUACAGUCUUUGGGACACUGAUCCAUCUGAAUCUCAAUUGCUUGAUAUGUCACACUAUGAUAUAAUGCUGGAAAGUGGGGCUGCAUUUGCACGUCCAUUUGGCGAAGGUGAUCUUGUUCUUGAGAAAAUUGAUGAUUUGAUUCUUAACCGAUCAUCUAAUGGGUUGGUUCAAGGAGAGUGGUGUUCAAACUCAGAAGUAAAUAAGACUUCAGAAGCUGAGGAAGAAUUCUUCUGCUCACUAUCUGGCAAUAUUGAUGCUGUAAAGCCAGGGUCGUUUGGCAUCAAGUUUAAGACUCUACUAGCUGAAAUUGUCAACAGUAGUAAAUAUAGAACUAGCCAGUGCAAAUUCUAAAAUAGAAUGUUUCUAAAACCACAUUGAAAAUGGAUCCUUUCUUACCCCUAUGCUAACUGAUUGAAAUUGGUUUUGAGAUUGCCCUUUGCUAUUAUUGAGGCCUAGAAGUUUGGAACAGAAGAUUCAAGAUUGUGUCUGCUCAAAGCUGAGUUUGUUUCCAUUUCUCCACACUCAUAAGUUUUUUUUAUUUAAACGUAAAUUCGU